AUGCCCACAACACAAGCUCCUCGUACCAUCUUCAUAUCCAGACGACAUUAUUGGCCCGCGAUGGACACCUACUUCAAGAAGUUUGGCAAGGAUGCGACUGCGAAAGUCGCGCACCAUUGUGCAAAGAUGACCACCAACCUUCUACAACAAACACCCCUUUAUUCCAAGCAACACGCCUUCUCUACGCCUCGUACAAAAUUGAAUGUCUUCGUAGACCGACUUCUACGAGAGACGAAGAUCCCUCUCCCAAACGCGUUGGCUACAAUUCGGGUCAUCCGUUGGGUGACCAAGGAAGGAUUGUGCCCCCUCUCGUCAUCCUCGCCCCAUCACCUGUUUCUGGCAACACUCCGAGCCGUGUCGCAUUUUGCGUCGCUAGACAGGGGUCACGACGUUGACGCGCAGUGGGUGCGGCACUCAGGAGGCGUUGUGCGUUUGAACGAGAUCUUCUUGAUGAGAAUGGAGCUGGCAGAACUGUUACCGACGUUGGGUGAACGUCAAUGGGCGCUCCUGAGCAAUCUAGGUAGCGAAAAUAGCACUGUUGACGAGCAUUUCGAUGCAGAAUGUCCGCAAGGACAACAGUUGCAUCAUGAAGGACCCAUUCCUCUAGUAGAAACAGCCGGUUCUAGCCUUCUGGUGUAUGAGCAAGACUCUGGCUCUGAUAGCACUCACUACGACUCUCAAUGCCUGGAGGGUUGGCAUAUCGAGCCAGUGCAGUACAUUCAUCGCCGAGAGAAGAUUCGUACGCGCGCUCGACGAGUAGCCUCACGAAUUUUCGGCUCCACGAGUCAGACUAUUCCCCCAAAUCUUUGGUCUCUCCAUCAUUAG